AUGACUUCCACGUCGAAGACCGCCGCCGCUGAUACUACGUCCGAGCCUCUACCUUCGGCCACGGCCGUUCAACAAUCAGGUUCAGAGUCAAAGGAAUCAGGGAGCCAUGAGGAUGUGAGCAGCAAUGCCGCUACAGCUGGCAGUACAGAUGCAGGCAAUACUUCAAAGUAUGAAGAGAAGAAACGUCCCGAAAACGUGGCGGUCGCAAAUACUAGUCCGGGCGCUGGUACAGGACCACAGGUAGAAUUAGACGAGUUUGGGCUUCCGAUAAGGACAAAUAAGGGACGUUCGCGGCCGAGCAGCGGCUCUACAGACAGUUCUGAGGUGUUCCACGAAGCUCCAGAGACAACUACCGUGGACGAACAGCCAGAGUCAGGCGAGAACAAUAGACGACCUGAACGGGAGGAAGAACAUGCGGCGUCGCACAAAGGUCAGGAGGAGAGACGUGCAUCUUCUCAGCGGAACGAGGAUGGAACUACACAAUCAAAUGUCGGGGUUAGGGAGGUGACUGGAGAGCAUGCUACCGGCACGGCUGAAGUCAAGACACAGAAAUCAUCAAGUGACGACUCCACAAACACCAAAGACAAGGAAGGAGAGCAGUCAGUAGACUCAGGCGCGCGAUCAAAGGAGGAAGAUGAGCAGGACACCCAAGAGACGAGGCGCUCUUCCAAACACGGCGCAACAGGAAUGUCUGAAUGGUCUCACCAGAGACUUACGCAACAACAAGAUUCAGAUGAAGAAACAGAAAGCGAGGGCGAAUGGAAACCUAUGCCCGCCCUUGGUGAGAUGGAUUAUUAUGAUGACUAUGGGAGAUUGGUUGCUCGCGGAUCGAAGGAGGAAGAUGAUGAUGCUGUGUACUCUGGUUUAGGAGGUUCUGGGAAAGGAUAUACUCGGAUCCAGCUCGACGAGGAUGCUCAAUCUGCGACAAGUAUGGAUGAGGACACAAGCUAUCUUUUCAAAGAAGCCCACAGCAACUCGGUUGGUGUAGACGAUGAUACUCGAGAUCCUACUAGUCAGCUGCAAGCUACGAAAGAUCUGCUUACUGAGGGUCAGAGGAUUGCUUAUGUCGGGGUCGUUAGGUUGGCUAUCUACGAAAUGACCAAAGAGCUGGAGGAUAUUCAGCCUACCAAGGCCUCCAAGAAGGCCCUGCAAGAUGCCGUGGACUCGAUGAAAAAGUGGGGUCAGGCGGUCAUGGUCCGACUCUUCAAUCAUAUGGAUAUUGACUCGGCAGAGCAAGUCAUGAUCGAGCAGCUCGCCGAGCAUGGAGUUCAUCCGGCAGAUCUUGUUCGGCCGCUUAUGCAGAAUGCUCGAGUCAAGAACCCAAUGGCAGAAGAGAAAAGUGUGAAGUCACGGAGUUCAAUCGGAUCGCCAAGCCUGAAAGGAGCCUCCAGAUAUAGUUUGUCUCCUACAGAAAGUUCCUCGCGACCUUCCUCCCCUCCUCCUUACGAAGAACAAAAAUCCCCACCACCUUACAAGGAGGGGAAGAAUGGAGAUGAGGAUGUUCCAGAGGUGCAGACCCCUUCUCAAAUGCCAAAGUCCGAAAAGAUAGAUAUAGAUCUUCGAUGGACGGUCCUCUGCGACCUCUUCCUGGUGCUUAUUGCAGAUUCUUCUUACGACGCUCGGUCACGCACUCUGUUGGAGCGAGUCGGUCAAGCGAUGGAUGUGUCUUGGGUGCAGAUCUGCCGCUUUGAGAAGCGAGUCAUCGAUGCUCUCGAGAUGGAACAAGAGGCGGACAAGGAGAAAUGGGACGAGGCAGACCACAUGGAACAGCGCCGGAAAAUGGCGUUGAAGAAGAAGAUCAUGAUUAUGGGCCUGGCCACCGUAGGCGGCGGUCUUGUCAUUGGUCUCUCGGCCGGUUUGUUGGCGCCAGUCAUCGGCGCUGGUCUGGCCGCCGGUUUCACAACAAUCGGGGUUUCAGGGACCGGCGCCUUUCUAGGGGGAGCUGGUGGUACAGCUUUGAUUGCCUCCGGUGCCACGAUCGGUGGAGGCAUCACCGGCUUGAGGGCGUCCAAUAGGCGAACUGGUGCCGUCAAGACGUUUGAGUACCGUCCGCUGCACAAUAACAAAAGGGUUAACCUGAUUGUUACCGUUUCUGGUUGGAUGAAUGGCAAGAUUGAUGAUGUACGAUUGCCUUACAGCACUAUAGAUCCCAUAAUGGGGGAUCUCUAUUCGGUGUUCUGGGAGCCGGAGAUGCUGCAAAGUAUGGGAUCUACUAUCAACAUCCUAGCAACAGAGGCCUUGACCCAGGGUCUGCAGCAAGUCCUCGGAAGCACCGUUCUCACAGCGCUCAUGGGAGCGCUACAACUCCCAAUCGUCCUCUCGAAGCUCGCCUAUUUGAUUGACAACCCCUGGAAUGUCUCGCUGGUGCGCGCAAAUGCGGCUGGGCUGAUUCUUGCCGACUCUAUCAUGGAUCGUAACCUUGGGAAAAGGCCAAUCACCCUGCUGGGGUUUUCUCUUGGUUCGAGAGUCAUCUUUUCCUGCCUGAAAGAGCUCGCCAAGAAAGGCGCCUAUGGGCUUGUGCAAAACGUCUACCUUUUCGGAUCACCAAUUGUGGCAAAUAAAGACGAUUAUCUCAAGGCACGGAGUGUCGUCUCCGGGCGUUUCGUGAACGGUUACGCCUCCAACGACUGGAUUCUGGGCUAUCUUUUCCGCGCUACAAGUGGUGGCAUCAUGCGCGUCGCCGGUCUGGCUCCUGUCGAGGGCAUCCCGGGACUUGAGAAUAUCGAUGUAACAAAUCUAGUCAGCGGUCACAUGAACUAUCGUCAGGCGAUUCCUCGGCUCCUGCGAGAAGUGGGCUGGCAAGUCUUAAGUGAUGAAUUCGCGGAGAUCGAGGACCCCGAUCCGGAUAAUCAUGCCGAGCGGCAACGUGAACUGAUUCGGGAAAUUGACGAAGCCCGCAAGGAGGCGGAGCAAAAGCCGGACAAGAAACGAUUUGGCCUGUUCAGACGAUCCAAGUUGGCGCAGAAGAAAGGCUGGGAAACCUACGAUGUCGAGCAAAUGGAGCGAUCCACCCACCGCAAUUCCAAAGACAGUUCUGCCGAUAGUGACAAUGUCCUGUUUGAUAUUGAUGCUAUCAGAGCGGAACUAGCAAGUGAACAGAUCCAGGUUAAGCAACUAGAGUCUACACUGCCUCCGAUGAAACUGGAUCUGAACGCAUCGACUGCUACGCCGGCGAGCGAUACCCGUCCAGACCCGGAGCAGUCAAGGAGUGCCGACGAUGCACCUAAUCCUUCAGGCGCCGAACCGUCUCACGAUAUCGACGCCCCAUUGCCGGGUGAGGAAAACAUCCAGAUGACUUUCGACACCGCUUACCAUAUAUCACCAAAAGAUCAUUAUGAUGAUGACGUAUCUUCUCCCCCUGACAGACCGACAUUUUAUUCCUCUGCGACCGCGCCUACUGGUAUUGGCGCUGAGUCGGAGGCCCUGGAGCACAACGCUUGGGCGGAUCAUGAUGUAGGACAUGGCGAAGAAGGCGAAAUUCAGUUGACCUUUGAGUGA